AUGCCCCGGCACGUGUUUUUGUCUUCCGUGGUGCUGCUGCUGUUCCUCUUUGUGCCAUUGCUGGCGCGCGGCAGCAGUAAAGCUGUCAACGCUGAAGGGACGGAGUCGAAGGAGGUUGAGCUCUUCAAACCGAAUGAAGAUGUGGUGCUCGUUGAUGGAGAAGAGGGGGAAAUAAAAGCACGCUACAAGGGCGCUUCCUCAUUUCAAGGCCAUUCCCUCGUUGAGGCAGAUGGUGUGAUGGUUGCGCUUGCUUUGGCUGCCUACAAGGACGGUGGUAGAUACCGCAUGGAUAUUGGCAUGUGGGCAAAGUGGCACCUGUACGGAGACGGCAGUAAGAUGUCCAAAGACGCUGCAUGGGAUAAUCACUGGAAAACGCAGCUUGUGACUGAACCGUCUGCCAAAGAGGGCCACGGUGGCCUACUGCUCAGCUGCAAGGCCGUGGUGAGGGGAAAUAAAAUAUUUGUUCUUGCGUCGAAUCCCACCGUUAUUACCAAUGGUGCUUCGGGGCUUGAAACUUUCUGGGGUCUUGAGCUGAUUGUUGGUGAGGUUCAGAAGACCGCAGAGAAUGAUGGGAAACAAGUCUCAUGGAAGAAGACCAGCUUGCCGAAGUCCAAGCAUGAAGCGACGAUGCAGCAGCAUUCGUGGGAGAGGCUG